AUGCACGGCGAGAAGGAGGGCGCGCACGACCGCGCCGCGCGUCUCUUCCCCAUCUUUGCGCCGGGGGGAGCGCGCGGGGAGCCGGAGAAGAAGGCGAGGAGCGGGGGGAAAGGCGCAGCGAAGCCGCCGCCGCCGCCGAGCGCGAGCGGCAGCCGGACGCACGUCGAAUCGGCGCCGGUCCAGCGCGCCGUGCGGGGAACCGGCGGCGCGGCGCACCCGUUCUUUGCAAAGCGCGCGGGAAACAGCGAGAUGCGGCGUGUACGUGACGAGCAUGUGCCGAUGCAGGCGUCCAUCGCCGCGCCGUGGCCGCACCGCGACGCGGUCCACGUCGCGCCAGAGACAAGAACCCGGCGCACCCCUUUGGCCCUGCCGCCGGGCUGGGCGAGGCGCACACGCAAGGAGCGCACGCCGCUGAGCGGCACCUAUGUCCCACGCACCUCUGCAUACGCGCCACCGCCGAGCGCGGGGCGCGCCGACGAGGCGGUGAGCUGCGAAGCGGCGCUCUCGCUCGAGAAUACCAUUCCUGCCCCACGCAGCCCGCUAGCGUACAUUGCUACAGACCUCCAAUACGACGGCACGUACCCUGCCGCGGUAGCCGCGCUCUACGACCAGCUGCAGCACGCCGCGCCCCAGUCGCUGUCUGACGCACGGCCCUCGCACGGCGCGGCACAGUGGAUCGACCGCUGGCGGCCGACGUGUGCUGCACACGUCCUCGGCAACGAGCAGGCGGCGACGUACAUGCGCGACUGGCUACACGAGCUCCGUGUGUCGUUUACCUCGCAUACACGCAAGCGCCCGAUCCAGACGCGCGUCACGCAGCGCAAGCGGGGCCGGCCGCGUAUGUACGACGACGAGGCCGAGUUCCAUUCCGACGAGGACGCAUGGUUCGACCAGUUCCGCGCGCCCGGCACGCAGCGCACGCCGCCCCCGCCGCUGACCAACUGCCUAUUGCUCGAAGGGCCGUGUGGGAGCGGCAAGUCGGCCGCCGUGCACGCGUGUGCCGCCGAGCUCGGCUUUGCGGUGUUUGAGCUGUACGCCGGCGUCGGGCGGCGGUCCGGCAAGGAGCUCGCGAGUGCUGUCGGGCAGCUCUCGCGCAACCACAUGGUCGCCGGCGAGGCCGCCGAGAAUGCGCCGCGGCAGUCGCUGAUCCUCCUCGACGAAGUCGACCUGCUGAUGGACGACGACGCGGGUUUCUGGCCGGCGGUCGUCGAGCUCGUGCGCGACUCGCACCGCCCCGUCAUCCUUACAUGCAACGACGCGAGCCUCGUGCCGAUCGCCGAGCUUCCGCUCCAAAACACGCUGCAGUUUGCCGCGCCGCCGCUCCAGGUCGGCGCGACCUACCUGCAGCUCGUCGCGCUUGCGGAAGGCUACAUUGUCUCGCAGGCCGCGAUGCAGAAUUUGUACGCCAGCACAUGUGCGUCCCCGCCGUCGAUCGGCGGCAGCGGCGCGCUGCACCCCGGCAGCCACCUCUUUCCCGUGGAGCGGGCCUUGGGCGAUCGGCCGUCGUACGAUCUGCGUGCGGCACUGAUGCAACUGCAGUACAUCUGCCUCUAUACCAACGCGCGCGCCUUGCGCGAACGCCCCCCUGCGCCGCCCCCCGAGGCGCGUGCGGCGGAGCGGCCGGCGCGGCGCGUACGCGGCCCCGCGGCUCUCCAGCUCCUCGAUAGCCUACGGAGCAUGGCCGACGCCGCGUCGGCGUGCGACCUGCUCGACACGCACGUCGCCGAGGCGUCGAGCGACGAUACCUUGCCAGUGUGGGCCCGUGCGCGCCUCGCGCCGCAGCCUGCGACGCGGUGUACGCAGCCGGCAGAGGCGCCGAUCACGCCGUACGCCGCACCCUUUGCCCAGGUCCUCGGCACGCUCGCAGCGGCCGACUGGCUGCAGCACGCUCGCGCAUGGGUCACACCGGAUCCCCAAGCGCCGCCGCCCGAGCACAACCUGCCACGCGCCUAUCCGCGAUUGGACGGCGAACGCCUCGCGCACUGCCGCCUCCUCGGCCAGUUUCUGCAGCUCGUGCACAUUCCCACGAGCGAGGCACUGCCGCGCGCAUCGCUCGUCGUGGACUAUGCGCCUCACGUCCGCCAGAUUAUGCUCCUCGACCAGCUCAAGCAGGCGGCGUGGGCCGCGCAGCUCCAAACGUCGGACGGCGUGCGUGCCACACGCAACUCCGCGCGCCUCCUCCUCGAUACCUGGGGCAUGCGGGGGCAGGAGCACGGGCAGUGGAUUCCGUUUGGGCCGGCGGACCGCGCAGCAGGACAUCAGACAGGGUUUACCCAUUCAUAG